GCCCCGCUCCAGCGGCGGCGAGCAGAGGGCAGCGGCGCGGCGGUGUUUUGAGGCGGCGGAUAUGGCCGACUACUGGAAGUCUCAGCCAAAAAAGUUCUGCGAUUAUUGCAAGUGCUGGAUAGCAGACAACAGACCUAGCAUAGACUUUCAUGAGAGGGGAAAGAAUCAUAAGGAAAAUGUGGCCAAAAGAAUUAGCGAGAUUAGGAAGAAAAGCAUGGAAAAAGCAAAAGAAGAAGAAAACAUGUCAAAGGAAUUUGCAGCAAUGGAGGAGGCUGCAAUGAAAGCGUAUCAAGAGGAUUUGAAAAGGCUUGGAAUUAAGCCAGAUGAUGUAGGUCCCAGUUCGACACUGAAUAAAACACAGAGUAUCACAGCGGAAGGUAAAGAGAAGAAAGAAAAGAAAGAAAAGAAGGAAAAGAAGGAAAAGAAAAAGAAGACACGUGAGGGCACCUCAGAGUCACCGAAAACUGAACCAAAGGAGUGGGUGCAAGGACUUUCUCCUGAAGGCUACACUUACUACUACAAUACAAAAACAGGAGAAUCACAGUGGGAGAAACCAAAAGGAUUCCAAGGCAACUCUAAAACUUCGCACACGGGAGCAGUGUGGGUAGAAGGUGUCAGUGAAGAUGGUCAUACCUAUUAUUACAACACACAGACGGGAGUGUCCACAUGGGAAAAACCUGAUGGUUUUGUUUCAUCUUCAAAUGACAACAGUCAACGUGGCAAGCAUUCUGAAGAAGCAGAUUCCAGAGCAUCUGAAUCAGACUCUGAACAGGAAGACAGUGAAAGUGAAGGACAAAGUCCAGGAACAAAUUUAAAGAGGAAAGGAGAAAAUGAUGAAGAAUCAGAGAAAGAGAAGUCUCCCAAAGCUAAAAAGUUAAGCCCUUAUGGGAAGUGGCGGGAAGUUAAAUGGCAGGAAGUUAAAUGGCAGGAAGAAGCCGUCGAUAAAGAGAAGAUUGCAUUGGCUUCCAAAGAAGCCUCCAGUGAUGAAUCUAAGACCGACACUUAUGGAAAAUGGAAAGCAAUUAAAAAUGAAGAAGAAGAAGAACCAGAUGAAAAAGUGGACCUGGAGCUUCCUAGUACAGAGGGUGACAGUGCUCUGCCUCCAGUGCUGGAUGUUCCAGAAGAUGCCACAGUGAUAUUUAAGGAGAAGACAGUGACCUCCCUCGGAGACCUGACAGAAGGGGUGCCAACAUUUAAAAAGAGGAAAUUUGAAAAUGGAAAAUCCAGAAACUUAAGACAGAGAUUGGACGAUCAGUAACGCUUAAACAUUUUAGAUUCUGCUGAAGCUGGAGAGAAUCAGAAGUUUAAUAUUUUAAACAGGCUUUUAUAAAGAAAACGUUGGAUAGAAAUUAAGGAUUUAUAGGUAUUAAAACAGACGUGAGUUGUAAUAUUUUUUUAUUUGGAUGUGACUGCUUUUGGAAUGGAAGUUUGUGUUAUAUUAAUUAUGCAACAUUGUAAAUAGACGUAUUUUUUAUUUUAACCAUGCCAUCUACGCUCAGUUUGCUCCACGUCUGCUGUUUUAGAUACACUGUGUCAGGUCUUUUACUCCUUUUCUAAGUACAGGACAAUGUAGUAAUGCUUAAUCUGGGGAAAAUAAUGCAGACCUUUUAUUUUUACACAGGAACUGGAUCAGUGGCGUGGUCUAGAGAGUAAAAUCAUCCCUCAGCGUUAUUUAUGUGGAGCAGUUUCCCAGCUGAUGAAUAAAAAUACUGUGCUUACUAACCUUUGGCUAAUCACUUGCUGAAGAGUAGGCGGUGAGUUCCAACAUUUCAAGCAGAUCGACUGAAAGCUGUUCGUAGGGGAGUCAGUCACAUCGGUGCCACCCAUUCCAAACAGCAUUCUAAACCAAAGCAUCUCUGUACAUGCAUGAUGCAUUUAUUAGAGCUCUGCAGAAGUUAAAAAUCUGAUGAAUCUUUUAAUAGCAUCUCUGGAACCACCUCUGUUGCAGUAAAUUUCUCUAUGCUUUCAUCCUGGUGUAUUUUGCUUUGUUGUCUCUACUUGAAUUUUCUUUUUACACAUCAGAUUUUCUUUCUUUUUGGCCUCGUUUCCUUUUUGUCUCUUUCUCUAUUAAAAAUUGCUUGAUAUUGUCAUGAAAAAAAAUAGUCAAAAGAUUUAUCCCUUCUGCAGCGUACAGCAACCUUUUUGAGGCUGAUGGUUUUCCUCUUUUGCAAGAGGAAUGCGCUGAGCAGUAGCAGACAGCGUUAGCUAAGAUGAGAGGGGCUGAGCAUCUGGAAGCUUCAUUACUCUGAGUGCUAUAAGAGAGGAAAACAAAAGAUCAAUACAUAGGGCUGAUGGCUGAAAUGUCCUGGCUGGCUGCUCAGGUUUUUAGCAGUUGACUAUCUUAAGUAUUCCAAGUUUGAUUUCUUAACCUGGUGGAAUAGGUCUUCAUUAGCAUUAUCGAGAUUCAUUGGCUGCACAAGGAGACAGCACUACGUCCUGCUUCCCUGGGUACCAAACAGUGAGCCGCAAUGGUUCCAAUCAUGCAACCAUUCAAAUAGGUGUCUCCAUUUCUAAAGCUCACAGCACUUGGCUCAGGGGAGCCUCAGUCAGGAAGCAAAGUUAAGGCAGUUGGCACUGUCCAGCUACAGUAAAUACAGUUGGAAACUGCUGAACUUGAUUGCCUUGAGAAGAUGACCUCAUCUGUCAGAUCAGCUGACACAAGAGUGGGAAUCUGAUCUACCAUAUAUUGCAAAGGAAGCUGAGGUCCUUUCUUUUAAUUUUUUUUUCUACUUUGUGAUGUUUUGUGUGUGUGUGGAAGAGAAUUAAGUAUUGAGUUUAAUCCUGUGGGUUUCUUCGGCUUCCUUGUCAAGGUUGUAUUUCUUCUGAUGUUUAUUUUGAGAAAUCCAAUUAUUUUCUCUCAUGUCCAGCUCUGCUUUUUCACUCAGAGAUGCAGGAUGACUGCUGGCUGCUCUCACUGUCGUAGAUGCAGGAAUAUGUACUUCUCCACAUGAAAGGCUAGAGCAGAAAUCUCCUUUCUCCUUUUCCCCUGCCUCGGCUGCAGGCUGCUGGCAGGUCAAGGCCACAUGUGAUGCCACCAGUACUUCUGUAGCAUAUUGUGAGUAAUUCCUGAUACAUCCCUCAACCACAUUUGCCUUCCACAUGAUCGCAUCGUGCUGUGUGCUGCAGGUGCCCUGUGACUGACCACUACAAGUGGCUCUUUCUGCUCGUCUGCCGCUGCUGACUGCUGAGGUAGCAGCUGAUCAGGCUUUGCCUUCGAGAACAUUUCUUUUCUUAUGAGAUCUUUUCCUGCUGUACUCAUUCUGUGCUCUUUCCUUCGCCCUGCAGUACUUGUGUUACUCCAAGCCUGAAGUAUAUUAAAUGAUUUUCUUAUUAGUGCUCUUCUGUAGGCUUCAGUCCUCCGAAGAAGAUUUCUCUCCUUUCUUUAGUGAGGUUCCCAAAAUAUUAUCAUCUGUUCUCAGAAAUGCUUUAUUGUGUUGAAGUGGUCAUAGGCAGUGAUUUGUGGUACCCGUAGUUAAAUUCCUUAAGCAGAUGUUGAAAAACAUCUGAAAAUACAAGCGUUCAAAACUUGCUUCCUUGGGCCGCUGCUUGCAGUAAUACAAACCAAAGGUCUUCAUAAAGGACUGCAUUUCAUCAAUAAGCCAAAGCGAGUGUUUGCAUUAGGAAAAAGGAUUCAGUGUCUUCUUUGUCAUUCAUCGAGUUGGGUCAGACACAUUUCCCUCUCUUUGCUGAUGUGACUUCUGAUGCUGGGAUUUCACAAUGGCAGCACUUCCUUCCUCGCGACCUUUGAAAUUCAGUUUGAAGAGAGGCUGUGGUUGGCCCCCGAGUGUACUGACAACCAGCUGAUACAGAGGUGAUGCUUAGAGCCCCUGUUUGGCUUUGCACUCUGCAGUUGAUAACCUCACUGCAUCUCUAAACCAAAUGCUUUCACUGUAUUGAGUGUCAUGGCAGACACUGGUGUUGCAAGUCAUCUGUUCUGCAGAGAUAUCUCUCCCUUCCAUGCUAUCUCCCUGCAAAAUCCUCUGCCUUCGGAAUUUGCCAUAGGAAUCCUAUAGGUAUUAUCUUAGUUACACUCCUCAUCUGCUAAUCCUCCCCUGGGCUGCACUGGCUUCUGACAAAGGAAUGCUGCUUUUGCUGUUUCAGAAGAAGAGCGUUUUGUUUUCUGACUGAUCCCUUUCCUAUCACGCAGCACGUUUGUCUGCCUGCCUGCCUGCUUCUACUGCAAGCCCCUUCAGCUGGGGCUGCACCUUGGCUUUGCAGCUGCCUUGGGCACCACCAGCACUGGGGGAAGGUAGACAGAGAGAAAGGGAUAAAGGGGAUUCACUGCAAUCUGAUGUCUGAACGUGGGCAAAUCACUGCACUGUGCUGUAUUUCUCUCUUUCUUGCAUCACUUGUCUUGCGUGGAAGAGGAGCUCUGCAGCCCAUCUCUGCUGUGUGUGUUUACAGCAGGGCUUGCCCGGAGCUGACAGUGCUUUUAGAAGCAAGCAUGUUGCAUCUACUAAAAAAAGGUGGUUGUGUUUGGCAUGGAAGUCAGCAUGACAGGAGCUGUGCAGAGACCACCUGCUCAGUCCGACCCAUGCUAUGGAAUUAUCCUUGUGCCUAGAAGCCACUUUUUAAUCCUUCAGCCAGGAAUGUGGAGAUAGAAAUCCGGAUUUUCCCAAUUUGGUAAAUGUUUGUUGUUGUUUGACCCCCGCAGACAAAAUCUGUGCCGCAGCACCAUUCGAACGCAGUGCUCAGAUUGAGAAGAUGGGAGGGUUGGUCACGGUGUGGGUCUGAGUUAAAUUCACUGCCUGUGCACUUAUAAAUGGCUCACUCCUUUUCCCCCCUGAAAAUGAUGUUAUUCCGGUGGAUAUUUUGGCAUCUCAGAAAAGGAGUAAAAAAUGAUUUUAAGCCGCUUGGUGUCCUCGAUUUGUUGUUUUUCAAGUUGUGCCACCCUUUUUUUUAGUACUUUUCUAAAGUAUUGGUGCCUUCCUCAAACUGUCUUCCUCCAGUAUUCCAGGAUAUGCAAAUCUCUGUGUCACCGCUGUGCCGCAUUGCCAGUGAACGCCUCCUCCUGUCCCCAGCCCUACUGAGGCCUUGGGCCGGCUCCGUGCUCUUUGAUUUUCUCAAGAAUUUGUUUUCCUGAGACAGAAUGCAUUCCACUCCUCAUACGGAGCUCGCAGCCCUUCCAUCCUUCUGCUUUUUGGUUCCGAGCUGUCUGUGUCCCUUCGGUUGCUGCUGCAGCCCUUUGCUCAUGGUCUGUCAGGCACCUCUGCGCCAUCUCUGUUGUAGCCACCUCUCGAGUCGUCUCACCUUCUACCUGCUGUUUGUCCUAUGAGCCACGGGAGUCAUCGCUGUGACCAACCAACUGAGCUUUGGGAUUUGGUUUGGGAUUUUCAUCAUUUGUUUUACAGAAGGUGCAGUGUGGAACAUGGAGUUGUUCAAAGCCCUCGUUUUCUUUUGUGUCAUCUGCAAAGCUGAGCAGCUGUUCUCUGUAUAGAAUUCUCUGUUGCAAUGACAAAAUGCCACAAGUCCUUGAAGUGGAGUUUAUACAGAAUUACCAAAUAAAGCUUUUAUUGAAAUGA